CCUUCAAUGGCUGUUACAGCAAAUGUGUCUCGAAGCUCCUGAUCAAUAUGUAACCUAACUUAUAAACCACCCUGUUAUUCACGCUGUAGCACUGACAAGCCCUUUAACUACCUCAUCCAUGAUCCGACAUCUGUUUGUUUAAGUCUCAGUCAAACAUCGUUCAUCUUUGUGCACGGAACGAGAAGACAAACGGGGAGAUAAUGGAAAACGUAAAGCAGUUUCUUCAGGGAGCGAAGCUUGACAGCUGGACAGCAGCUGUGCUGACUGGUGCUGCCUGCGCUGUGGGAGCUCUGGUGCUGCUGGUGCAGAGGGUCAGCAGCCACCGAGAGAUGAAGGAGAAGAUCCGCAGAGCCAGAAACCGGAGGGCUGACAGCCUGCAGCGGGCGGAACAAGCUGUACUCCAGUACAAGAAGUCGCAUCCAAUUAUCGACUCUGCACACAUCUUGGCUCUGUCCCUGUCUGAGCUGACAAAGAAGCUGCAGGAAGGCUCGCUGAGCCCUGAGGACGUGUUUUACUCUUACAUGGAAAAGACUCUGGAUGUGACCAAAGAUCUGAACUGCUGCACAGGAAUCAUAUUGGAGAGUUUAGACCAGCUGGAAAAAGUUGCCGCCUCCAACAAGGAAGGUCUCUUGUAUGGAGUUCCAGUUAGCGUCAAGGAAAACAUUGCAUGCAAGAAUCACGACUGCUCUUGCGGUGUGCUCAUUAAUCUGGAUCAGCCGGCCCAGGAGGACAGCGUGCUUGUUGAAGUCCUGAAGAGACAAGGAGCUAUUCCCUUUGUGAAGACCAACGUGCCCCAAGGGCUGUUAAGCUAUGACUGUGGUAACCCCAUCUAUGGGCAGACCUUGAACCCCCACAACCUCAAGAAGACUAGCGGAGGUUCAUCCGGCGGGGAGGGGGCUCUCAUUGGGGCUGGGGGCUCCCUGCUUGGUAUAGGCACUGAUGUGGCUGGCAGCAUCCGUAUUCCUGCCUCAUUCUGUGGGAUCUGUGGCUUGAAGCCAACACCAGGUCGGCUAAGUUUAAAGGGUGUGAAUGCCAUUUAUCAUGGGCAAAAAUCAGUUCCAUCCUGCCCUGGACCCCUGGCGAGGGAUGUUGACAGUCUGGCUGUGUGUAUGCAGGCUCUGCUCUGUGACGACAUGUUUUCUUUGGACCCCACUGUUCCACCCAUACCUUUUAAUAUGCAGAUGUACCAGAGCUCCAAACCUCUCAGGAUCGGUUACCUAGAAAAUGACGGCUUCACAGAGGGGUCUCCAAGCAUGGUCAGAGCCAUCAGAGAAGUCAAAGCUCUGUUAGAGCAAGCGGGGCACACUUUGGUGCCCUACAGUCAUCUGAGGUUGUGUGACACUGUAAAUGAACUGAUGGUAAAGGGUGUUUUGGCAGACGGAGCUGCCACCCUGUGUCAAAAACUGAAGGGGAGUCCUCUGGACCCCUGUAUCAAACAGCAGGUUUUACCUUACUUUUUUCCUAAGUGGCUUAAGAAAACCCUGUCAUUCCUCCUUAAGCCCGUGUUUCCUCGUGCUUCUCGCAUCUUCAGUUCGAUUUGUGGAGUGAGAUCGGUGUCAGACCUGUGGAAGCAGCAUGCUGCUGCUGAGGAAUACAUUCGGGAAACGAUUGCCGAGUGGAGAAGACACAAUAUAGACGUGCUGCUGUGCCCUAUUAUUGGACCAGCCUUCAACCUCUUCUACUGUGGCAAAGCUACCACUGCUCUUUCUUAUACGGGACUUUACAACCUCCUCACCUUCCCUGCUGGUGUUGUUCCUGUUUCCACGGUGACGGCCGAGGAUGAGGAGGAACUCCGGCACUAUCAGGGCAAUUAUCAGGACCUCUUUGACAGGAUCUUCAAAGAGGCCGUUACUGGAGGUGAGGGUCUGCCUGUGGCUGUGCAGUGUGUCGCCCUGCCGUGGCACGAGGAGCUCUGCCUGCGCUUCAUGAGGGAGGUGGAACAUCUGGUCAAACAGAGCAGGAAGUAAAGCCUGGAGGCUGCAGGCUGAGCUACUAACCUUGGGUGCUUUAGGGUAAUUUUGCUUUAAAUACACAGUGAAUAUGAAAAAA